GAAUUAUUUAAAUUUUAAACUAUUUAACUAUAUAUUUGAAAGUUUUGUUUUUCAAUUACUUAUAUUUGUCUAAUAUAGCUGUUCCAUAUUUUUAUUACUGAAAUCCAUCUWAAAGUAAAAUUUAUAAUGAUGAGUAACUUAAGCUUAAACAAAAUAACCUAUAUUUAUGAAUUACCAUACGCAGAACGUAAGGAAUUCUGCAAUAUAAUUGACAUGAACGACAAAUGGGAAGAACUAGGUGGAAAUUAUAUGAAAAUUGACUGUGCAACAUUAUUUAAAAUUAGUAAAGCUCCUAUGCGAAAUCAUUCUUGUACUGAUGAACUCUUAACAUUAUGGGGAGAACAAAAUCAUACAAUAUUAGAAUUAUUUACUAUCUUAUAUAAAAUGCAGCAUUAUCGAGCAAUGAUUAUACUUAAACCAUUUGUUGAUCAGAAGUAUCAUAAAUUAAUAUAUCACGGUGAUAAAAGUUUCAGUAACUUAGUAAAGACAGAAACUGGCAACAUUUUAAAUAGUGAAGUUGGCAAUCUUAUAAAAUUCAAUUCUGAUAGCAAUCAAAAAAGAGUUCAUAAUCUAGAGCAUUUAAAUACAGUAGGCAAAAUAAAUGAGCAAAUUUAUUCUGAUCCAUCUGUUAUGUUUUCCUCUGCUGAAGCAUGUACCCCUUUGAUAACAUACAAUGAACUGGAACAAGCUACUAAUUAUUGGAAUAAAGAAAACAUUUUGGGAAAAGGAGGUUUUGGAGUAGUUUUUAAAGGUAUAUGGAAAAACACAGCUGUUGCUAUUAAACGUCUCGAAUCUCAGAAAGGAGCUGAGCAACAGUUUAAUAUUUUAGAAGCUCAAAGACAACAAUCUUUAAGAGAACUGAAGUAUUUAAAUUCGUGCAGACAUGAUAAUAUUUUAUCCCUAUAUGGAUUUAGUAUUGGUGGAGAAAAACCAUGUUUAGUGUAUCAGUAUAUGAUCAAUGGUUCUCUUGAAGAUCGAUUACAAUGUCGACAAGGAACUAAACCUUUGACAUGGUACAUUCGUUUCAAAAUUGCUACUGGAUCAGCUAGAGGAUUGCAAUUUUUACAUGGAAUGGAUAAACCUUUAAUCCAUGGAGAUAUCAAAAGUGCAAACAUUCUUUUGGAUCCAUAUUUUGAACCUCGUAUUGGUGAUUUUGGGUUGGCUCGUGAAGGACCUCUUCAAGAAUAUACUCAUGUAAAAGUUAGUCAUGUUCAUGGAACAAGGCCUUAUCUACCAGACGAAUUUUUAAGAGGCAAAAAGUUCUCUACUAAAGUCGAUACUUAUAGUUUUGGCGUGGUGCUUUUUGAAAUCGCUACUGGUCAAAGAGCAUAUGACAGUUUAAGAAAUCAUAAAUUUUUAAAAGACCAUGUUGAAAAUAAUGAUGGUCUAAUUUCUGAUAUGGCAGAUGUGAAGGCAGGACCAGACGAAAAUAAUGUAUUCGCUUCUCUUAUGACUAUUGGUAAAAAUUGUGUUAGUUAUAAGGCAAAAGAUCGCCCAGAAAUGGAACAAGUGUUAAGGAAAUUAGAUUGUGUCAUGUUCCAAGAAAAACAUCAAUCUACUAUCAGACACAGUUGUUUACCUACAUUCCAAUACGAGGUGCAAAUGAGAAAACAUUCAACUCCAUCUGGAUCUUACCAUCCUCAGCCAUGGCUAUUUAGUCCUGUUCCGAGUUAUCAGUUAUUGAAACAAAAUACAUCACCUGUACCUCAUCACGGUGCAUUAACUGUUCCUGACCAAAUCGAAGGUGCAGUUAUGCCUCAAUUAGAAAAGAAUAAUUGUCUUAAAGUAACAAGCAAUCCAGCUUCUAUAAGAUCCAUAAAUGCCUCGCCAUCUAUCAAUGAAUCACUUUCUGAUAGCCAGUUGACUAAAAGUGAUGGGGAUUCAACUAGUACUCCUCAAUUUGUUGAUUCUAAACUUCAAACUAGUGUUGAAAAUAAAAAUAGUACUUGGAAUAAUUCAAUUCCUGGAGAAUGUGAUGAAUUGCCAUUGAUAUCAGAACUGCGGUUACAACCUAAUCAAAACUCUAUACAAUAAAUAUUUUUUUAUGUUUAACUAUUCAUAUGUUAUAUUAAUGAUAUAAUUUUAAAUUUAUGAUGUUGAA